AUGAAUAAGUUUUGAAAUUAAAUAUAUAAAGAAUAAGUUUUUAUACUUAUUCAACAGUAGUUUAUAAUCCUGGAAGAAUCAGUUAGUGAAUGACAUAAUAUUGUAAAGGAUUAAUACACAAAAAAUUACUCAAAAUAAAAAAACAAUUAAAAAAGAUCGUUGAUUUUUGAAGUAUAGCCAAAUUGAAAUUCAGAUUAUAAUAAUCAAAAUUUGAAGUGCAAGAGAUUAUUUUUCUAAAAAGAGUAUAAAGAUCAUUAAGAAAAUAUAACAAACAUUAUUAGAAAUGGAGAAGCAUAAAUUUGAAUGAACUCUAGCAAGAAUAAAGAUCUAAAAUAAUUUCCAUUAUAACAAAUGGAGAGUUGUUUAUCAUCAAAAAUAAAAUUUAGAUGAUAUAGAAUAGUGGGAUUUAAUAAAUUGAAUUUAUUGUAUAAAUACGAUUUAAUUUUUAUUUUAUAAACUAAUUUUUAGAUUUUAUGGAAGUAUUAUAUAAAAUUAAUGAAAAAAGAUCCUUAUUAAAAAACAUUAUCCUAGCUUAGAUAACGAAAAGGUUACUUUAUAUGAAAUUGAAAUUAUUGAUGGUGAUAAAGUUUGGAGAGUUGAGAAAAGGUAAUAUUAUUUUAUAAAGCAUUAGAUUUAAGUAGUUUAAACAAUUAAAUUAAAGAUUAAGCGAAUAUUUUGGAGACACGAUUCCAUUACUACCAAAAUAGACAUAUACCACUUUUAUAGUCAAAAAAACAGAAUAAGAAAUAAUUGAAAGAAGAAAAGGUUUAGAAGAAUAUCUUAAGUAAAUUAUAUAAAAUGAGCAAAUUGUAAACUCAAUAAUUUUUAAAGAAUUCAUUUAAUCUCCUUCUUUUAAAAUUCCAAAAUUAUAAUUAGAUAGCGUAAGAACAUUUGAUUUGGGUUUGAGAGAUUUUUAUUUUUAUGAAGAUGCUCUCUUUGUUUUACUCUCAGAAAUGAGCCCAUUAAAUAGAGCAACAACAAGUUUAAAAAAUAUAAAGUUUCCUUGGUAAGAAGAGAUCGAAGCUUCAAACAUAAAGCCAUUAGGAUAUUUGGAUUGUAUGAUUGGACCCUAAAUGAUAUGGAGAAAGAAGUAUGAUUCCUAACCUAUCUUAUUGAGUGUUAUAAAAGAUAAUAUAUUAGUAGGGUAGUUAAUAUAAUAUUUCUUAGUUUGGAUAAUGGGAUUAUCAAUCAUCUAUAAUUUAAAGCUAAAAAGCAUUUGCUUUCAUCAAAUGACUACCAAUAACAUACUUCCAGAAUUAUGGGUUUACAUUUUUAUGGUGAAAAUAUAUAUUCUGUAAGUAAAGAUUAAAGAUAUAAGGUCAGGAACAUCAAAAAAGGUGAUAUAUUUAUAGGUAAUCUAAAUAUCAUUUAUUUGAGAUAUUUAUCAUAAACAUGAAUUAACUUGUUUGAAAUAUGAUGAAGCAACAGAUUUUGCCUUUAUUGGAGACAGAGGUGGAAUUAUCUAUGCUUAUCAUUAAGCUACAUUAAAAAUUAGUCUUGAUACUAAUUUACAAUUUAUUAGAGAUCUUAUCAUUCAAAAAUCUUAAGAUACUAUUAUAGCUAUUGGAUUUUAAACAGGCCAAGCCAUUAUACUUAGUAUUGUCAAUCAAGUAAUUUUAAAUUUAAACUUAAGGUAAUUUAGCUUUAAGAAGCUACUCAAUUUAAAAAUAAAAUUAAAAGUAGAUGCAUAGCAUGGUCUCUAUUAAGAGGAGAAGUUUAUAUUGGAAAUUAAGAAGGAUAUGUUACUGUAUGGGACAUUUAAAAAAAAAUUCCUAUUUGUGAAAACAAACUUCAUAAUGGCCCUAUAACUAAAAUUUAUUGGAAUGAAGAAGAAGAAAUGCUAUACACAGGUAGUAAGGAUAAAAGUUUGAAAGUAAUUUUUUAUUUAUUUUUUAGAUUACUUUUUUUAAUAAAAAUAAACGAGAAACACAACAAUAUUACAUAAAUAGAAAAUCUGAUAAUCUUUAGAAUGUUAAUUUAUGA